CGACUUCAUAAGAAAUAUACCGAGAAGUUCUGGACGAACGGAGCCAAACAAAUUGAAAAUAAUUUGACGAUGAAAUCAGUCGCUUGGUCUUUUGUUGUGAAUUGGGCUAGUCUGGGUGCGACUCCCUGGGGAAAGAUACGUCAGGAUAAUUACAAAUCAUAAAUAAACAAAAGUGCGAAGUCAGCCUAGGCAAAGAGCAAUCGGCAACAAAGUAAGUGAGAGCAGGUGUACGAAUCUCUAGCCGAGAAAACAUCAAACUACUAUUAGAAGAGAUUUGGCCUAAAGUACACAACGAUAAGCGCCGUGUUCCGUUAUUCAACCGGCAGAAGCUUAAACAAACGGAUUACUGUAGAGAUAGAAGGAAGCCUUCAUUGCAACGCAGUGUUUGCUGUUCACGUUCAAUAAUGAUCGCACUUAAGAUUGUUAUUCUGACGCAGUUGGUAAUGGCUUCGCUAGUGUACUCAAGUCAAUGGCUAUCGUUAGCGCUCACUGGAAGUAACCCAAAUAGAUUCUUAUCCAAGAAAAACUGUGACGAGAUCGGCCAGCUGUUGAAUCAUCGCCAGGUCCAAGUAUGCAAGCGGAACAUCCAGGUCAUGGACAGUGUGAAAGACGGGGCAAGCGUCGCACUGUUCGAGUGCCAACACCAGUUCCGCUAUCGCCCGUGGAACUGCACUACGGUGCAGUUCAGCAGGUCACCCGUCUUUGGAAACUCUAUCAAUGGAGGGACACGCGAGGCCGCGUUUGUACACGCCAUAUCAUCUGCCGGCGUUGCGUACGCAGUCACUCAGGCGUGCAGCUCCGGGAGACUGGGCCAAAAGUGCGGAUGCGACAGGAAGACACGUGGUCAGGCUGACGGCUUCAAUUGGGCCGGGUGCAGUGACGACAUCGACUUCGGCAUGACCUUUGCCACGCGAUUCGUGGACGCGCGCGAGCGUGGAAGCGGGAUUGGCAGUCCCGCGCGCGUGUUGAUGAAUUUGCAUAAUAACAGAGGCGGAAGACUGGCCGUUAAAAAGUUCAUGGACUUGCAGUGCAAAUGCCACGGGGUAUCCGGCUCGUGCAACAUCAAAACCUGCUGGCGAGCUUUACCGAACUUUAGAAUCGUCGGCGACUACAUAAAAGAGAAAUUCGAUGGAGCUACUGAGGUCGAGUACAAACUAAUAGGCGGGAAACACGUGCUUGUGCCCAAAAAUCGCAAAUAUAAACCUCACACUCAAAUGGACCUGGUGUAUCUGGUACAGUCACCCGACUUCUGCGAACCCAACCCUAAGACUGGUUCCUUAGGGACACAAGGACGCAUCUGUAAUCGGACAUCUCAGGCGAUUGACGGGUGCGACUUGAUGUGCUGCGGGCGUGGCUACGUCUCUCGCACGGAAGUGAGGCAGGAGCAAUGCGCGUGCAAGUUCUUCUGGUGUUGUCACGUGAGAUGCCAGACAUGCAUGCGAAGAGUCGAGGUGAGCUAUUGCAAAUAACCACCAAAUAUCACCGAAUAUUCACUGAAGAUCCGAUUGCGUCGAUGAGAGAUUCAACAGUGAACUGAAUUUGGUCGAAAAGAAUGGAGCGAAGCUCCUUCAAAUAUGUACCGGUUACCCUGUGGCAAGCACCAUGCGAAAGAUCUAGACUCAAGACAGGCUGAUGUCUUCAGCCGGCUAUUGAUUUGGAAGAGAUGACUGACGAUAGGAAGGACAAGAGAA